ACCCCCCCCUGUCCCGUCCCCCCCGUUAUUGCCCCCCGUCCUUCAUCACCCCCGGUCCCGGGACCACCAACUCCCCCCGCCCCGCUGUGUGUGGGGGCCGCUGGGGGCGGAAGCGGCGCGGGGUGGGGGGGCGUGUCGUGCCCCCUGACCCUGCCCACGUGGUUCGGCGCACGCGGGGCCGCGGGACAUGGAGCAGACCAGCCCCCCCGAGGUCAGUGAGGAGCUGACAGACAGCGAGGAGAGUGAGGAAAGUGUCUACUCGGGGCUGGAGGACUCGGGCAGCGACAGCAGCGACCCCGAGGAGGAGGAAGAAGAAGAGGAAGAAGAUGAAGACCCCGGCAGUGAUUCCCCCCCCAAAACACAAGCCAAAGGGACUCCCGGGAAGAGAAAAUCCCUGGAGGAUGAUUCCCCAUGGGAGGGAAAGGAGGAUCUGCUUCCCCAGAACGAGUAUGAGGACGACAGCUCGGAUGAAGAGGACAUCCGUAACACGGUGGGAAACAUCCCCAUGGAGUGGUACCAGGACUUCCCACACAUCGGCUACAACCUGGAUGGCAAGAAGAUCUACAAACCCAUCCGGAACAAGGACGAGCUGGACAUGUUCCUGGAGAAGAUGGAGAACCCUGACUACUGGAGGACGGUGCAGGACAGGAUGACGGGGGCGGACGUGAAGCUGACGGACGAGCAGGUGGAGCUGGUGCAGCGCCUGCAGAAGGGGCAGUUUGGGGACGUCAACUUCGACCCCUACGAGCCGGCCGUGGACUUCUUCACCCACGAGGUCAUGAUCCACCCGGUGACCAACCGCCCCGCGGACAAGAGGAGCUUCAUCCCCUCCCUCAUCGAGAAGGAGAAGGUGUCCAAGCUGGUCCACGCCAUCAAGAUGGGCUGGAUCAAACCCCGCAAGCCCCGGGACGACACCCCCACCUACUACGACCUGUGGGCCCACGAGGACCCCAACUCCAUCCUGGGCCGCCACAAGAUGCACGUCCCGGCCCCCAAGCUGAGGCUACCGGGGCACGAGGAGUCCUACAACCCCCCCCCCGAGUACCUGCUCAGCGAGGAGGAGAGGUUGGCCUGGGAGCAGCAGGAGCCGUCAGAGCGGCGGCUGAACUUCGUGCCGCGGCAGCACCGGUGCCUGCGGGCCGUGCCCGCCUACCCCCGCUUCAUCCACGAGCGCUUCGAGCGCUGCCUCGACCUCUACCUGUGCCCUCGGCAGAGGAAGAUGCGGGUCAACGUGGAUCCCGAGGAUCUGAUCCCCAAACUGCCGAAGCCACGGGAUCUGCAGCCCUUCCCGACCACCCAGGCCCUGAUCUACCGUGGGCACUCGAGCCUCGUGCGCUGCCUCGGCAUCUCCCCCAGCGGGCAGUGGUUGGUGUCAGGCUCUGACGACGGCUCCCUGCGGUUCUGGGAGGUGAGCACCGCCCGCUGCCUGAGGACGCUGCCCGUGGGCUCCGCGGUGAAGAGCGUGGCCUGGAACCCCAACCCCACCCUCUGCCUGGUGGCCGUGGCCGUGGAUCAGUCGGUGCUCCUGGUGAACCCCUGCCUCGGGGACAAGCUGCUCUACGGGGCCACGGACCAGCUGCUGGACUCCUUCGUGCCCCCGGAGGAGGAGCGGGUCCAGCCCGUCCAGUGGGUCCCGGCCAGCGCCGAGGAACACGGGAAGGGGAUCCGGCUGAUCGUCCAGCACGGCAAGCCGGUGAAGCAGGUGACGUGGCACGGCAAGGGCGACUACUUUGCCAGCGUGGUGAGCGACACGGGCAGCAGGCAGGUGCUGAUCCACCAGAGCAGCAAGCGCUGGAGCCAGGCCCCGUUCCAGAGGAGCAAGGGGAUGGUGCAGUGUGUCCAAUUCCACCCCACCCGGCCCUUCUUCUUCGUGGCCACCCAGCGCUGCGUCCGCGUCUACAACCUGCUCAAGCAGGAGCUCACCAAGAAGCUCAUGAGCAACUGCAAGUGGGUGUCCAGCAUGGCCGUGCACCCAGGAGGUGACAACGUGAUCUGCGGGAGCUACGACAGCAAACUGGCCUGGUUUGACCUGGACCUGUCCACCAGACCCUACCAACUGCUGAGGCACCACCGCCGUGCCCUGCGGAGCGUGGCCUUCCACCGGCGCUACCCGCUCUUCGCCUCCGGCUCCGACGACGGCACCGUCAUCGUCUGCCACGGGAUGGUCUACAAUGACCUGCUGCAGAACCCGCUGCUGGUGCCCGUGAAGGUUCUCAAGGGCCACGUUCUCACCCUGGAUCUGGGAGUCCUGGACGUGCUUUUCCACCCCACCCAGCCCUGGGUCUUCUCCUCGGGCGCCGACGGCACCGUCCGGCUCUACACGUAGCUCAUCCCGAGGGAUCCCGGCCCUGCUCCUCCUCAUCCCGAGGGAUCCCGGCCCUGCUCCUCAUCCCGAGGGAUCCCGGCCCUGCUCCUCCUCAUCCCGAGGGAUCCCGGCCCUGCUCCUCAUCCCGAGGGAUCCCGACCCUGCUCCUCAUCCUGAGGGAUCCCGACCCUGCUCCUCAUCCUGAGGGAUCCCAGUCCUGUUCCUCCUCAUCCCGAGGGAUCCCAGCCCUGCUCCUCCUCAUCCCGAGGGAUUCCAACCCUGCUCCUCAUCCCGAGGGAUCCCGGCCCUGCUCCUCAUCCCGAGGGAUCCCGGCCCUGCUCCUCAUCCCGAGGGAUCCCGGCCCUGCUCCUCAUCCCGAGGGAUCCUGGCCCUGCUCCUCAUCCCGAGGGAUCCUGACCCUGCUCCUCAUCCCGAGGGAUCCCGGCCCUGCUCCUCCUCAUCCCGAGGGAUCCCGGCCCUGCUCCUCCUCAUCCUGAGGGAUCCCGGCCCUGCUCCUCCUCAUCCUGAGGGAUCCCGGCCCUGCUCCUCCUCAUCCCGAGGGAUCCCCAACCUGCUCCUCCUCAUCCCAAGGGAUCCCAACCCUGCUCCUCAUCCCAAGGGAUCCCAGCCCUGCUCCUCCUCAUCCCGAGGGAUCCCAGCCCUGCUCCUUCUCAUCCCGAGGGAUCCCGACCCUGCUCCUCAUCCCGAGGGAUCCCGACCCUGCUCCGGCUCCAGCACCCCCCGGGGCUGGGGCAGGGCUGGGACCACCACCCCAGAGCUGGGGACCACCAAAGUGGGACCCUCCCAGAGCCGGGACCCUCCCGGGAUCGUCGCUCCCGCUCCGGAUUCCUGGGGUUCAUUAAAACUCCUCUGGAUACAA